GUAGCGAGGUGGGUGUUGGUCUCUUCUCCCAAGUUACUAGUGAUAGAAAGAGAGGAAUUGGCCUCAAGCUGCAUUGGGGAGAUUUAGAUUGGAUAUUAGGAAAAAUUUCUUCAACGCAAGAGUGGUCAGGCACUGGAACAGGCUGCCCAGAGAGGUGGGGGAGUCGCCAUCCCUGGGGGUGGUCAAAAACCAUGUAGAUGUGGCACUUCAGGGCAUGGUUUAGGAGACAUGGUAGUGUUGGGUUGUCAGUUGGACUUGAUGAUCCUAGAGGUCUUUUCCAACCUUAAUGAUUCUGUGAUUCUAUAAAUAACACCUUGACAUAAAUGGCGACUAAGCUCCUAAGUCGGUAGCUAUUCAUUGCGCACCCUUUUUCAAGAACCAACUAAAACUUUCUCAUUAUACUCAAUGUGGCUGACUUUUGGUAUGAAACACUUAGAAAAUUACUUUUGGUUGUCCUUUUUAUUCCGCUUCAAGGGUGAGAGAGGAUUUGGGGGAAGAAGUGAGGACUACCCCAUUUUGGUGCAAGGGCUUUUUUGCUGUUUGGAAUUUUCACACUCCUUGCGCAUCUUCUGCUGCACAGGGAAACCCAAGGGACUUCACAGUGUCUAACUGUGCUCUAAAAUUCCCCAGAAAUGGGUAGUUUUAAAAUCCCUGCUGCAGUAAUACCCAUUUCACUGGUUGUAAUGUGUAGAGAAAAGCUGAAAGAACUGUGAAUAAAGCAUUUGUUGGUAUUGUUAGCACCUGUGAAGAGUAAAAAGAGCUUCUUAAACUAGAAUACUGUUAUAAAGAAUAGCACAGGAGUCUCAAUCAGUUGGAAAGCUCUGGCUCGCUCGAGAGGUUUUGAUUACGUUGACGUCAUUGCUCUUUAAUUCAGCUGAGACUGUAUCGUUGUAUUGCAGGCCAGGUAUCUGUACUUCAGUGGCUGUGGUUUUAUUUUUAUACUUGCAUGUGCAGCACAGCUACUUUUAUCUGUCGCGUGACAUGAUCUUAGCAAAGGACCAUUUUCCAUAAAGUGACUGUUGAUGAAAAAAAGCACUGAAUAUAAAACUGUGACAGUCCACAGUGUUCAAAAGGGUUUUAAAUCACUGCCAGUGCCUUUGAAGCACUUGCGCUGCUGUACAGCUCUUGCUAACAGUCACUUAUGUCUUCCCUAUAAAUUUAGGCAAGCUUAAUAAAAAUCGAGAUAUGACACUAGGUCAUAGUAUAAUAUACCUUAUUUUGAUAUCAGCUGGACCUUGGUUGUGCAACAAACCCAGGAAGAGUAAGAAGCUCAAAAUCUUUUUCUAAGAAGCACCUAGACAUCAGGUUUGGCCUGUCUGUCUUGGAAGUUACAGGGACAUAAAUGGUGAGUUUUGAGGUCACAGUUCGGCAUCUGCAUUGAAUUUAUGAACUGUGAAAACAACUCCUUGUGUCUCUGAGGAAAGUGAACCAAGUAGGGUAGGUAAAGUACUUACCAAAUCUCUACAGCCCAGGUUUUGAAAGGUGACAGAUUAUUAAUAAAUGUUUAACAGUAUUUUGUCUUUUAGUAGCAGUUCAGGCUACAGGUAUAAAUAGUGACUUUAUAAAUAAGCAUUUGUGUUCCAUUUGAUGGAUUUGAUUAAAUUCAGUGUGUCAAGACUCACUUAUUUCAACUUCUGAGCUGUGAAGAUAAAUAUGAAAACCCGUUGCUUUUAUAGGCACAUGUAUAAAUUCAGAAAAUUAUUUCCAAAAAGCGAGGGAAGGCUAUCGCGCAUUGUACUAAAACAAAAUUGCAGCAUAAGCACCGGUUUCACAUGGUCUUUCCCUACUUGUAGUAAAAAUUUAGCAAAAUGAAUAAUACUGAAAGUUAACAUUAGGUGUCAGUAUUUUACAUAUUAUUUAGCGAGAGAAUAUCAAGUGAAAGAGCUUCUGUGAAAAAAAAAAAAAAGAAGAAUAUUACAGUCUGCUUUUUCAAAUGCUCUAAGUUAUCACAGUUAGAGUAAUAUCAGGAAUAAUUAUGUGUGAAAUAAUUAAUUGUAUAUACCCCGAAUGCUUCUUGCUGGUUACAUCUCUGAUUUAAAAUUCAGUAUUAAGUACUACUGCUUUCUAAUUGCGAUAACAUUUAGCUCUUCGAUUGUCUGAAGAAAUUACAUUUUUAAAAUUAAACUGCAAGAUGUAAGUGUCUGUAAAUGGCAGAAAAUUGAUACCCAGGUAGAGUGAUAAAAUGCCUAGAAAGUGAAGGAAGACGAAUGCGGAUAUGUAGAUCCCUGGUUGUAUGUGAUCUUUCUCACAUACACAAUUUAACAGAUCUCUCAAACUCACUGCAACUGUUGAAAACACGAGGGAAAGUACUAUAGGGUCCACCUGUGCAUUUCUACCCUGUUUUGCCUUGGAAUGGCUAAAGAGAAGGCAAAGUCCUCUUUCAUAAGCAGAAACGAAAGUUACUGUUUUCCAAAAAAUAGUACACUAUGAGUGAAGAAAAAGGUAUGACAUAUAGUUAUUUCCUCACCUGAGCUUGUUGCAUGAUUGAAAAUGGGAAGGACCUGACCCAUGUGAAGAGCUUAAGAUGCAAAAUGUUGGGAGCCCUUGGUCUGAAUACUGCAGGCUUCACCUUGCUUUUGUUUCAGAGAAGUUGAAACAAAGAUGUUUCUUCAUCAGCACAACAUUAUACAUGGGUAGAUUAUGCAAGAAAGAUGAAGGGAGAAAGAAAGGAUGGAAGAUAAUAAAACAAACUAAUUAACUUUUUAACUGAUGUUACAUUAUGUUAUGGUCAUGUUCCCAAACACAACUAGGUACAGGUGGGAAUUCCCCAUGAAAAUCUACCCUAGGGGUAGGGAUGGGCCGUGGCUGUGUUCAGAAAGGUGAAAAUAAGCAUCUAGGUCUAAAUCCAUAGAGGCGUUUUACAGGAUGUAUAAACAUCAAAGCAGUGACAGCAAGAUAAUGAAGACAUGGCCGAGGUAGGUGUGUUAUUUCAUAUACUCGCUUAUAAAACCCAUUAGUUCCAGAUGCAAUUAACAUGUCAUGAUCUAACAUGUUUCAGAGGGAGCUGACCUGCUCAGAGACCCUUAAAAAUCUCCGCAGGUUCCCAUCUCAACCUCUGGGCACCCAAACUAAUGAAAAUAUGUUUCUGAAAAGCUAGUCACUCUUUGCAACCAGCUGAGAGACAGUUUUGCACCGUAAGCUUAAACUUUUGUCAAUAUUUGUGAAAUAUAUUUAGAAAGCUUAUACAAAAAUGAAUAAGUUAUAGAUCAGUAAUUCAUACGAUUUAUAUUCCAAGUUUUUAUUACCUAAACUUACUCUCCUAAGCAUCAUUUUAUGUUUCUAGUUAAAUAUAAGUGAGAAUUGAUUGCGGUAUUUCUCAAUGGAAUUCUAUCUUUAUUUCAUCAUAAUUGCUUCAUAUUUGAAUAAUGACAGAUGAACUACUUCAUUCAAUUGUAGUUUUAAGGCUUUGAAGUCACAAUAGCAGCAAAGGAUUUAAAUCCUGAAGCCAUUAUUAUGGCAGAGAAGACAUCAGGGAAAAGGAAAACUUAUGUUCGUGUAAUUUUCUAGACAGCGAAAUACUUCUGCGGUUGUACUUUUUUUUUUCUCCCCUUUUUCUGGACAUUUUGCUAACGUUAAGAGGAUCCACUAAGUAACAAAAUGAAGUAGCUGCAACUUCUAGCAAAACAAAUGGCUUCCAUCUACCCUGGAAGAAGACAUUAGAAGUGCUGAAUGAGAGUCCAUGCUGAGGUGAAAGGAAACAUUCGGAAAUAUUCAUCCUUCAGGCUAUCAUAAAAGUUCUUCAGCACAUCAGCCUGGAAAAGGUGUCACCCACUAGAAUGGGGGAUUGAAGGAUUCACCCUUCAUGAUCCAGGGUGAAGGCAGUGCUUUGGUCUCCUGAGCAGCCCAGUCAAAGCAAGUACUGAGAAAACCUCCCUAGCACAUCCCAGCUGGAUAAAACCCAGCAUCAAAUGCUAACCAACAGCUGCAAUGUGUAGAGCUAUGGUGCGGGAGGAAGGGCAGGUAGCACCGUAGCUUCACCCUGCAGAGGUGUCCCGCCAAGUGUGCCAGAACCAUUGAGCCCGGCAGGAACUGGCAAAGUGAUUAGAGACAUUUUUCGCCGCUCAAUUUAGGGUAACUCUGCUCAGUGCCAGGGUAGUGGCAAGCCCUGCUGAGCCGAGUCCCCUUCGCUGGCAGCGCAGCCUGCCUUUGGGGUGCCUGACCUCCUCUCCACCCAGUGGGGAACCUCAGGACACAACUUGAUUUCUGUGGUUCACCGUCCCGGUGUCAGGUCCUAUUUUAGAUUUGCAAGCUUGUACACGAGGGGAGAAGGGCUGGUGCUUCUAGUGCACUGUCGCUGUUAAAGGUUAUCAAAAAAACCUCUUGGCUCUGUGAAGAAAUGAGUAAUGAGUGGAAGCUGGUUUUGCAGACCCUGUGCCAAGGGAAGAGUAAACCGGGAUUAAGAAGUCUUGUGGAGAAUAUUUUUCCCAACAGGCCUAAUGUUCAAUGCUCUUUUGCUCAGAAGAACUAGGAGGGUCAUGAUAACUGAAGCUUGAAAUAAAGGACUUGCCUGGACUAACAGAAACAACAGGUCUGGAUGAACACUUGUCACAGCUCACUCAGAAGGUGGCUGCUAUGAAGAAGUCUCUCAACAAGUGCAAACAGUCAGCACAUGUAAUACUCAGCCUGGUGCUAUUACUUGCACCAGUGGUGCGUUUCUUUUUUUCUCUUUUUACCCCUCCCCCAAGUCUAGAUGCCCUGUUCACCACAAACCAGUAAGAUUUCCUGCCAUCUCCCAGAUCAUAUGAGAAUGUACAAUAGCAAUUGCCUGUCAGAAGGAGGGAGCAGGGGAACAGGGCAACGGGCUAGAGCCACGCACAAAAACUAGAAGUAUCUUUGUAUUACAUGGGCAAAUAAAAUCAUAGGAAGUGAUUAGAACUGAUGUGCUGAAUUAUUUAACUCAACUCGCUGCUUCAAAACUGUCAUAAACUGGUUUUUUUUUUAAUUUUAAUUUUUAUUUCCCAGCCCAUCUGAGGCAGCAUAGUUUCCCCUGAAAGCUUCUGGACACAGGAGAGGACAAUUAUCUGUCUGUAGAGGAGUUUGACUUCCUGCAUCUGACGUUCUUUUGUUUUUAUUGCCUUCUUUCUUCUGGCACAACUGCCCGGGCUGUUCUGACUCACUCCCCAAUGGCCACAUGGGAGGGAGCAGAGAGCGAGCAGCACCUACCACAUGGAUAACAGCGGUAUUAGGAAGAGACAAUCUCUUCAACAAUUCUUAUUUCCACUAGAGUUGAUGGGGGCCACGUUAGUUUUGUGAAUGCCUUGCACUGCUGUAUGCUUACGUUUCUCUUUUUGUGAAUGUGGAAUUUGAUACUGCAUACCGUUGAUACUGCUGACCCGCCUCUUCCUCAAAGGCUGAAGCAAAAGAAGAGACUGUCCUACCACCUCUCAGCUUGCUUUCGUAUUCAUCCUCAGCGUGGGAUUUUACAGGGCUUGAUUUUUUUCCCCACUGUUAUCCACCAUGUAACUGAAGCUUUUUUAGUAGAGGUAGAAACAACACUGGCUGGAGUACCGGUUUUAUAUCAAGGACAGCCAUUUCAUACUCCCUUUACUGUGAAAACAUUGGCAGUUUUUGGAACAUCUCCAGUCAAAACGCUAUCGGUGUGGAGAGUCUGGGUCACACCUGAAGCCAGUGGUGAACCCCAGGGAGGAGGCCCUUGAAGAGGGUUUUGCUAGCAUCACUUUGUGACUCUGACUUGAUCACAGGUGCAUAGAUUAAGAUAUUGUCACCCAAAGUGCAUGACUCAUUUGUCUUUUUAAGGUCCGUUAUUGUGUGAUGUAAAACCACCUUUUUGGCAGUUUGGUGUUGUAACACUUUUAGCACUCGGAGGCCUAACACUCCAGAAAAUGCAUUUACACUGCAUUUAAAGCUUGCAUGUAACUAAAUCCUGUCAAGGAAAGUCUUUACAUAAUGCAUCAACAUAUGCUGGGUUUUUGUCUCUUUUUAGUACAGUAUAGCUAUACAAUGGGUUGGAGUGGCUUUUCUAAGUUAUUAAAAAUAGCCCUAGGCAAGGCUGGUCUUUAAAAUAAGUGUCAAGAUCCCUAAAACACCUGGGAAAGAGAGAGAAAAGGACCAGUUUGGAUCUAUGCAGAACUUUUUUACCUAGCAGUUUUCAUUAACUUCAGUGUCCUAAUUAUUUUUUAAACUGGGAAGAAUUACAUUAAGUAGGCUUGAAAAAUAAGAGGAGCAAAAAUAAAGUAAUAUGUUAUUUCCUUUAGCUAUUAAUAUUUCUAAAUCCAAACCUCAUUAUAAAGCAAAUGACCUUUUUUAGGGAAUAAAUGUCUGGAGAAACUUCUCUGCUGCUUUAUCAAGUAUAUCUGUUAUCCAGACUUUAGCAGCUCAGCUAAUAAGAGAUGUUUUAAUGCAAGAUCAUUUUUCUCCUAAAAUUUGAAUGGUGUGGGUUUUAGACCUCAAGUCACAGCACAUAUGUUCCUUCCGUAUAGCCAACAUUAAACUGCUGGAGAAUCUCUAAAGGUCUAUUUUCUACCACCUGUGACAAUUUUUUAAAAAUAUCUUUUGUGCUUUUAAGACUGCAGUAGGUAGAAUGGAUUGUUUAGGGGAAAAAAUGAGCUCAGAGUAAAAGAUUUUGGAAGAUGAUACCGGGAUGUUUAUAAUGCAUAUUAUGGUUCAGAGGGCUGUGUGAAUUUAACCAUUACUGUAUAUUUACGUUGACAUUUACAUACAAGCUCCUACAUAAUAAACAUUUAUUGCCCAAGCAGGUAAUAUUAGAGACUGCUGUUAACUUGGACUAGAAAAUAUUGGAGCUGUUACAUGGCCACAUGCAUGGCCUUCUCGAUACCUAGGAAUGCGCUCCUAGAAAUGUUUUUACUGGGAUUAAAUAUUCAAAGCCCUUAUAGCAAAAAAAAAAAAAAAAAAGAAAAUGGCUGCUGAAUGGACAUUAGCAAACAAUUGCUGUGAGCAAGAAUAUGAAUUACUGUCCAUAUAGACAUAAUUCUGUGUUCUCCUUUUUAAUGUAAAUAUUUAAAAACCUACUACAAAUAUGAAAAAUAUUAUUUCUCUGGCGAAGAAUGUGGGAAAUCAUACAUUAUUUUUUCUUUAUCAUAUAAUCUACUAGUUUCUUAGGGCUUUUCCCAGUGAAUUGCAAAGUUUUAGAACUUUAUCCAUUUUAAUUAAUAAAAAAAUUAUUUUUCUGGAAUUUGCCAUUGCAUUCACAGUUGUUCUUCCAGGCUUGUACCUGCGUGUUAUCCAGGUCUGUAUUGCCUAUUAUGGCUUGAUUUACCCACUGAAUUAGAUUUGCCGCUGGGUGCCUGCUACAGAAGCCAGACUAUGGGCUGCCUGUCAGUCUUUCCAACAGAGAAGAAAGGCUGAAUGAAGUAAAAAGAAAAAAAAGUCGAGUUUUCUUUCCCUCUCAGGAGACUGCUCGUCCAGAACAGGUCUUGGAAUCACUGUUUGAGCACCUGAUGAAACUUACGAUACUUUUUGACUCGAUUAGAACUGAGUUGGUAACAGCUGUGGGGCAUUCAGCAUCCUCAGUCAAUAGUGAUUUUUAAAACCGCUGUUUUAGCCUUAAUGCUCUGUGCUCUCAAUUAUGAGAUGUAGAAAUCUGGACGUUCACCAACCUGAUGACAUGCCUCAUAAGCAAUGACGCCACGAGUCACUGAAAUAGAGACAAGAAGUCUGAGCUUCAGAAAUGAUGCUCUGUCUUUAACCCGCACAGCAAACACGCAAAGACCAACCUACUGAGCAGCAAUCUGCUCCAGUAUUUUCAGCCUUCCAGAGAUCACACAGGAAGCUUGUGCUGCAUAAGUUUAAGCCGUAUGCAAAGCUGCCAUUCUUUUAUAGAAUUUUGUCACUACUGACAUACUGUCAAGUGGAUGAGAAGGAAAUCAGACGGAGUAUGCAACUUGACUUGAAAUGUUAGGUGUACAGCGAAAGACAUUUUCAUGAAAAAUGUCACAUCCCCGGUAAUCUAGGUUUUGGACAAGGUAACAUAAGCCAGAUCUGCUGCAGUAUUUUACAGGUUUGCUGAUGGCUUCUUCACAUUUUAGUGCUGAAGUUCUGUUGACCACGCAGUUCACAAAUAUUUUGUAAUUGUAAAAAUGCUUUUAAUGGUUUUAUUUGAGGAAAAUCUUAAGAUCUACACGGCUACAAUAGAUUUUUUCCAUUAAAAUUUAUUCUAUAUACCAAAAUUAGUUGAAACUUAUAAUGUUUCUGAAAAAGCUAGCAAUUAAUUAGUGCUGCUGCAAGUUCUUUAAGCACUAGCAGUUGUUAGUUUACAGAAAAACACAGUUUUGCUUUCUCACUUCCUCACACCUGGGAGAAGCAACUCAUCACGGUUCGGGCUCAAGAUCCACUCUUUUGUUCCAAAAGUCCAUCUUUGAAAUACAUCCAUAAUAUGCAUUGCCUACAAAGAAAUGGUAUUUUAGUUUAGAACAGUGAAGCCUAGCUGUCAUGCUGUUGAGCUCCCUCUCCCGUCUGUACGUGUGUGUUACCUCUUGGCAUACGUAGUAAGUGUUUGGGAACAGGGACGGGCUUGGUUCUGGCUUUGUAUGGCCUUUAGCGUAAUUGGAUCUUUGGCCAUGAAAUGGAGGUUGUAGAAGUUAUUACAAAAUCAAUAAUAAUAAUGCAAGGGUCACCCUGUAGCCUAAUAGAUCUGCCAUUCCUUCAGUGGUGCUAUGUAUACCUUUUUCUUUCUGGUAUUCUACUUGAGUCCCUGAAGGUCUUGCUUCCCAUGUGCUUCAGUAAGUGUAUGAUGUACUAAAUCUGAUCUCUACAGGAAAUUUCUUGCAUCUUAUUUUUUUGCUGCAAUAGGUAGUGAUCUGCCUGCAAAUCAGUCUUUUCUGCCUUGCAAAAUUUGUCAUGAUCCCCUUCUGGGUCUUCCCAAGUUCCACUCCAGCCUCAGCCCCAGCCCUUCUUUACUAACUAUCUCUGCCCUUUCUCCAUGGGAUGUUCUGUAGGAUCCUCCUGUAGGGUACCCGGUGAAUUUCUUGCCGGACAUCUGCACAGAUGGAGCACAUCUUCUUGAGGAACUCCACUGGCACCUCUUGUCAUUGACAAGGUCCAUUUUACUUCGUUGUUGGUACAAAUCCUUAAACUUCAUAACGGCCUCGAUUUCCUCAGGUCAUAUGGCAGCUCUUUGUUUUAUUGUGGGAGACAACCGAAAAAGAUCCCCCUAUUCUGCCAAAGCAUUAACAGCGGGCUCUGCAGCCUGACCGGCGCUGCGAUGGUCCUUGUACACGCAGUACAACCGCCCUGCCCUGCAAGAGGAACCCCGCUGCGCCGGGCAGAUGAGCCUUUGUUUUGUAAGUCGAGCUAGAAAUACCAGAAAAAUACUAUCGUUCCUUGCUAAGAAAAAAAAAAGGCCACGGGGGAAGCCGCUGGUGGAGGUGUACGCAAGGAAGGGGUUUUGUAAAGCCCAGAAUGUGCAGAGCUGCAUCCGAAUCUGCUGGUUCUCUGGGGCGCCCCUGCCUGAGAGGGACUGUGGCAGAGUGAGAUGCUGCAGGAAGCGAAGUGGCUCAGCAGCUGUCUGUGCCUGUGCUCCUCCAGGGGCUGCUUCUUGGAGAAGUAUUAAAACAGAAAGUCAAAGAAACAGAAGUGUUUAUCUGGGCAACCUUCACCAGGCAGUAGUACAAGUCAUUUUGUUUUUUUUUAGUAGCAAACUCUCUGAUUGGCCACAAUUUGCUAUUUUAUAAAUCUAAAGUCAUAAUAUGGUAAGUGUUAUGUUUGUUAAAGUUACAUUUCAAAGUAGUAAAGCAGAUUUGUUGCAAGCUAUUUAUUUCAGUACUCAAAGGGUUUCACUGAGGUAAGAAAAGGGAAGUUGUCUUGAAGCUUAGUAUCGUAAUUCAUUUCAGCAUUUCCUUUUAAACAUCAUGUUUACCUUCUGCAAAAACUAACCCUCCCUGAUUCUUGUGAUUUUAACAGAGGAGCUGCUUUCAUACUUUAAAAUGUUGCUUUCCAUCCAAUCUGGAAGACUUUUGCACUAAACCUGAGCGUAAGUCACUCACUGGUGAGAUGGUGAGCUUCUACUGUUGCAGGAAGUGGUUUUAUUUUACUUUUUUUUCCUGCUUUCUUUCUGUCUUUAUAAGCCGUGGCAGAUUAACACAAAUGCUGUCUAUAGACAUGUGACCUAGAUGUUUUCCGUUUUUUGAAAUAGUUAAAACUGUUGCUGGUUGAUGGCCGCUUGAGAUGAGACGACGUCUGUGAGGCUGUAGGUCAACCCGGUAACCAUGGAAAGGUCUACAACUUCUGAUACAGCCUCUGAAAAGCCUAAUCCUUCCCACCACAGUACGGGGGCUGUGCAAAUGAGGAUCAAAAAUGCCAACACUCACCACGAUAGACUGAGCCAAAGCAAAUCUAUGAUUCUUUCUGAGAACGUGAAAGUCACUGAGCCUAUAAAUCGUCAUAGAAGAAAUCAUUCCCAACACACCUUAACGCUUGCAGACAUCAUUAGUACACAGGAGCACACGGUAGUGGAGAAAGAAGGAUAUCUUCUAAAAGCUAAAAUAUCAGACGGUGGCAAGAAAUUAAGAAAAAACUGGUCCACGUCCUGGAUUGUUCUCACAGCUCGGAAAAUGGAAUUCUACAAAGAAUCCAAGCAGCCGGCGCUGGCCAACCUGAAACCAGGACAUAAACCUGAGUGUGUGGAUUUGUGUGGUGCUCGCAUUGAGUGGACCUCUGAGAAAUCCAGCAGAAAGAAUGUCUUUCAGAUCACAACAGUGUCAGGAAAUGAGUUCCUCUUCCAGUCGGAUAUCGACUUUCUCAUAUUGGAUUGGUUCCACGCUAUCAAAAAUGCAAUUGACAGAUUGCCAAAAGAACGGAGUUGUACAUCGAGAAAUUUGGAGUUCAAACUCAGAAGAUCCUCCAGCAUCGAAUUACUGAAUAGCUUAGACACUGAAUCCAAAGAACCAAAGCCUGAACACAGAAAAUCUUUAAUUUUCAGACUGAACUACAGUGCCUCUGACACAAAUGACAGAAACCGAGUUAAAAGCAGAUUAAAGAAGUUCAUCUCCCGAAGACCCUCCUUGAAAACAUUGCAAGAGAAGGGGCUUAUUAAAGAUCAAAUUUUUGGCUCCCAUUUGCACUUGGUUUGUGAGCACGAGAAAUCUACAGUCCCCCAGUUCGUAAGACUGUGUAUCAAAGCAGUUGAAAGAAGAGGUCUAGAUGUUGAUGGAAUAUACAGGGUUAGCGGCAAUCUGGCAACAAUACAGAAGUUACGAUUUGUUGUCAAUCAGGAAGAGAAGCUGAAUUUGGACGACAGCCAGUGGGAGGACAUCCACGUUGUCACCGGAGCACUCAAGAUGUUUUUCAGAGAGCUGCCUGAGCCGCUGUUCCCAUACUGCUUCUUUGAACAGUUUGUGGAGGCGAUAAAAAUCCAGGACAAUGCCACUCGCAUCAAAGCCAUAAGAAGCCUGGUGAAAAAGCUCCCUCGACCAAACUAUGACACAAUGAAAAUCCUCUUUGAACAUCUAAAGAAGAUAGCAGCCAAGGAAUCCGUGAAUCUUAUGUCAACACAAAGCUUAGGAAUUGUGUUUGGACCAACACUCCUUAGACCUGAAAAGGAGACAGGGAACAUGGCAGUCCACAUGCUGUACCAAAAUCAGAUAGUUGAACUUAUGUUGAGUGAGUACAGCAAGAUCUUCGGCUCUGAGGAAGACUGACAGACAGGGCCUGUUAUUGAAAACGUUCACAUCUGUCUUGAUGUCUAAUAUUUUUACAUUUCUGUAAACAUAUUUCUGAAAUAUUUCUUUUUCUUUCAAGUGACAGAUGCCUCAUUUUGUGAAAACUUAAUGAUGAUUUUGUGUUUAAUUUUCAAACAUUGGAAUAAAAAAUAUUGUCAACAUUUGCCUAUAUGUAUUCUGCAUUAACCCUUUGAGAGUUUCAUUAUGCUAGCACUCCAAGUGUCAUUUUUUUUUGCAAGCUGAGCAUACAGCAUAUGGCCAAAGACCAUAGAAAAUUCUGUUUACUAACAUAUGCAAUGGCACAGAAAGACAAAUAGUAAUUGAAGAGAUUUGUGGGAGAUGGAUUAAAAUAUGUAUAUUAAAGGCAAAGAAUUAAAACAGUGAUACCAGAUCAUUUGUAGCUAAUCCGAAUAUAAUUUACCUUUCUCUUUGAUACAUAUUGAAAGUUAAAGACAUGAUGAAUAAUCAAUUUGCCUACCCAAGAGUUCAAAAAGAAGAUUACAUUUAAUACUUUUAAACAAAUAAAAAAAAUACACCACCAGAAAGUCACUACUUGCAUAACAGUGCCUACAAAAAUUUAAAACAAAAUUGGAACUUUGGCAUUUUUACUUAAAUGCAGUACAUGAAAUGAAGACGUUGCGUGACUGCUCAUUUUAACGUAACAUCCAUUUCGAUUCUUCAUCACACUGUACAUCUGCCCGCUUUCCCCAGCUAUCUCAUGUUCUGUAGCGUUUGUAUUGUGCUCCUGAGGAUGCUUUAUUGGUGAACUACAUUAAAUUCAUCUAGAAAGAACUUUAAGAAAAAAAAGCCUUUUCACAUGCCCUUAGGAUUACUUGGCUAGACUUGAAUCAAUUUAUGCAUUUGAUGGUUAGUUUCAGUUGUCAUGGAUAAACAAAAGGGUAACUGUCUAGAAUAUAUCAAAUAUUGUUUCAUUUUGAAAUGUAUGUUUCCAGCUAUACACAUCUCCUACCCUGUUUUGUAAAAGUAUUCUGCUGAUAAAAUGUAGACUUAUGUUUGACAGCUUUUUAAUCAAGUUCAAAGAGAAUAAAUAAAACUAAUCCAGUGUGGUAAA